UUCUCCUCUGAUCCCAGUAGCUGCAGUUUUAUUAACACUUAUUCCUCUGAUCCCUCAUCCAUCCGUCGUGCUGUUAACUUGCGCGGGGUUAAUUGCGCGAAGAAAUCUACCACCACAGCACACCUUCCAAAAAAAAAAAACAUUUUGGUCCGUCUGCAGAAUACUAAUUGAAAAUGUCAGGCCUAUCAAUUGCAGGGGCUCCCCGUACCGAGCACGAUCAAACGACAACAACCAUGACCUCCGGCUCCGGAACAAAACAUCGCCUACAGCAGGCGCCGAAGCCACUUCCACAGCAACAGCAGCAGGUGGCAGCGGCUGGAGGAGUAAUGGGAUCCCUCCGUGUCAUAGAGCUCCAACUAGUCGCAUUUAUUAUGGUGUUCUCUGCCAGUGGCCUAGUCCCCAUCCUUGACAUUGUGUAUCCCGCAUUCACCACUGCUUAUCUAAUUACACUCUCCCGGUUGGCAUUUCCAUCCCAUGGUAGAACAACUGGGUCGGAGGAGAUAUUCCGCGGAAGUCGACUUUUCCGAAUUUAUGUAGUUGUCGGGACUACUGUAGGCCUGUUUUUGCCCUUAGCUUAUGUUCUGGGAGGAUUUGCAAGAGGGGAUGAGCAUGCCGUCCGGUCAGCCACCCCUCACCUCUUCUUGCUCUCAUUUCAGAUACUCACCGAGAACAUUAUAAGCGGGCUUUCGUUGUUCUCGCCUCCGGUUAGAGCACUAGUCCCCUUGCUUUACACUGUGAGGAGAAUUUUCGUCAUCAUUGAUUGGAUACAUGACGUCUGGCUGAACAAAACUUUGCCUGCAAAUGCUGAAUUCCGGGACAUCGCAUGGUUUUGGUUCGGAAGGGGCCUGGCGGCUGCAAAUUUUGUGUAUUUCUUCGUCAAUCUCUUUUGUUUUCUUAUCCCUCGUUUUCUUCCGAGGGCAUUCGAGAGGUAUUUCAAGGAGAGGGAUGAAAUACAUUCGAAGAUUGAAGAAGACAAGCGUUCAGCUGCAAUGAACAGAUCGCAGCAGGCGGACGGCAAAAAGGCAGACUGAAUAAGAGUAGUAGUGGUAUAAUACUCCUACUUAAUGAGUUUCUUCCUUCCUGUUAUUGGGACUCGUUUGUUCCUUCCACUUCCCACCCUCCGCCAAUGACUGACUUCCUCUUUUCUUUUCUCACUUCUGAAACUAAAGAACUCCUGUGUAUUCCAAAUUCCCACUUGAAUCGGUUGUGUUUCUUUUGUCAACUUUUUUGGUACUAUUGGAUUUUAAUCUGUUGGCUUCGCUGA